UUUUUUUUUUUUUGGCAGUAAAAGUGCAACGCUAUUGCUGGCCCGUGCAUAUGUAAGCCCAAAGUACUCUGGCAGACCGUACAAACCGUCCGGUCCGAUCGGUUCAAGCCCAAAGCACGAUACGAUAGGAAAAAAAACCCGACUCAGGAGCUUUCCUCAGGCGUACAUAUAAGUAUGGCAUCCCUAUGCCCGUAAAUCUUCAGUUCGUCCCCUCACUUUCGUCGUUCCAGUUAUCUCUCAGACCACAACGGCUGGAACAAUGUUGGCGCAGCUCCCUCGUUUAACCAUCUCUCUAAGAGACCCGUUCGACAUCGAUCGCGCUUAUCUUCACCGCAAGACCAUCCUACAAAAUCGCAACACUCGCAGUUCUGCAAACUCGCUGGAAGAGUCCGAGCUUGCCCGGAGGAUAGUUCAUCAUUGGCAAGAAGCAUCUGCAGAAGUGCGUCAAGCAUACAAACAGUUUGUCAGUGCAGUUGUUGAAUCAAUAGAUGGUGAAGUGGCUUCAGAAGAGUUUCGAGAGGUGGCAUUGACUUUCUAUAGUUUUUAUAGCAGGCUUGAAGAGGAAGAUGAUAAAGAUAAAAGGAUUGCGGAGAAAAAAUUGGAAAUCCAAAAACUCUUUGGUUAUGAUGUUUCAGAUGCAAAUAUACUGAGAAUUGCAUCUCUUGCACGGAGGCUGUUUGUCUUGCAGCCUAGCAACUGUGUGGCUGCAGUCAUCACUGAAAGGGUAGAAAAUGCAAAUGAUGAUGAUAUUGAAUUUGGUGCUAACCUUGUUUUUAGAGAACCAGCUCGGUUUCUAGUGGACAUUUCUCUGGAGGAUGGGGAAUUUUGGGGGGAGGAUAGCCCUGCACUUUCUACCUCAUUUGAUGGAGGAUGUUAUGAUGACAACUCUACACAGUGUCAUUCUUUUAACAGUGGAAACUUGGAUUUGAGAUGGUUAAGAGAGGCAUGUGAUCAUAUAGUGGAAGGAAGUACAUCACAGCUGUCCCAAGAUGAACUAGCAAUGGCCAUUUGUCGGGUGCUUGUUUCAGAUAAACCUGGUGAAGAGAUAGCUGGUGAUCUGCUGGAUCUUGUGGGGGAUGGUGCAUUUGAAAUAGUUCAGGAUCUUAUUUUGCAUCGUAAGGAACUUGUUGAGGCUAUCCAUCAUGGGUUGCUGUCGCUGAAAUCUGAUAAAUUGGCUUCAAAUUCUCAAUCAAGAAUGCCUAGUUAUGGCACCCAGGUUACAGUUCAAACAGAGUCUGAACGGCUAAUUGAUAAACUUCGGCGCAAGGAGGAAAAAAGGCAUAGGCGUGGAGCUGAUUAUGCAGUUGAGGGUGACUUGUCCACCGUUAGUUUUUCUUCUUUAAUCCAAGCAAGUGAGAAGAAAAAUCCAUUUGAUGAUCUGAUUGGAUGUGGCCAAGGGCCCAACAUGUUAGCAGUUUCUGCCCUUCCUCGAGGAACCCUUAGGAAAUAUCACAAGGGCUAUGAAGAAGUUAUAAUUCCUCCAACUCCAACGGCACAAAUGAAACCUGGGGAAAGGCUGAUAGAGAUAAAGGAGUUGGAUGAUUUUGCUCAAGCAGCUUUUCAUGGAUACAAAUCUUUGAACCGUAUUCAGAGCCAGAUUUUCCAAGCCACCUAUCACACUAAUGAGAAUAUACUAGUUUGUGCUCCAACUGGAGCUGGCAAAACAAACAUAGCUAUGAUUGCUGUAUUACAUGAGAUUGGAAAGCACUUCAAGGAUGGUUACUUGCAUAAGGGUGAAUUUAAGAUAGUCUAUGUUGCUCCAAUGAAGGCAUUGGCUGCUGAGGUCACGUCAACAUUUAGUCGUCGUUUAGCUCCAUUGAAUAUGACUGUGAAAGAACUUACUGGCGACAUGCAACUUUCCAAAAAAGAACUUGAAGAAACUCAGAUGAUAGUGACAACACCCGAGAAGUGGGAUGUCAUUACUCGUAAAAGCAGUGAUAUGUCACUCUCAAUGCUGGUGAAACUCUUAAUUAUUGACGAAGUGCAUCUUUUAAAUGAUGAUAGAGGUCCUGUCAUAGAAGCAUUAGUUGCACGGACCCUCCGUCAGGUUGAGUCAACGCAGACAAUGAUACGCAUUGUGGGUCUUUCAGCCACUCUACCAAAUUAUUUGGAGGUUGCACAAUUUCUGAGGGUGAAUCCAGAGGCAGGACUCUUCUUCUUUGAUUCUAGCUAUCGUCCAGUUCCCCUUGCACAACAGUAUAUUGGGAUUAGUGAGCAGAAUUUUUCAGCACGCAAUGACCUGCUGAAUGAGAUCUGCUACAAUAAGGUUGUUGAUUCUUUAAGGCAAGGGCAUCAAGCUAUGGUUUUUGUUCAUUCUCGGAAGGACACUGCUAAAACAGCUCAGAAACUGAUUGAACUUGCCCAGAGGAAUGAAGAUCUGGAGCUGUUUAAGAAUGAAACGCACCCACAGUUUUCCUUGAUCAAGAAAGAAGUCCUCAAGUCCAGAAACAAAGAUCUUGUCCAAUUUUCUGAAGCUGGGAUUGGUAUUCAUCACGCUGGAAUGUUACGUGCUGAUAGAGGUCUGACUGAGCGGAUCUUCUCCGAUGGGAUUUUGAAGGUACUUGUUUGCACGGCAACUUUGGCAUGGGGAGUAAAUUUACCUGCUCAUACUGUUGUGAUUAAGGGGACACAAUUAUAUGAUCCAAAGGCUGGGGGUUGGCGAGACCUGGGUAUGCUUGAUGUUAUGCAGAUCUUUGGACGUGCUGGAAGACCACAGUUUGAUAGAAGUGGUGAAGGCAUAAUAAUUACAUCUCAUGACAAACUAGCCUACUACCUGCGGUUACUGACGAGUCAACUUCCUAUAGAAAGUCAGUUUAUCAGCUCCUUAAAAGACAAUUUGAAUGCAGAAGUGGUAUUGGGUACCGUGACAAAUGUGAAGGAAGCUUGCGCAUGGCUUGGGUAUACUUAUCUCUUUAUAAGGAUGAGAUUAAAUCCAUUGGCAUAUGGAAUUGGAUGGGAAGAGGUUAUGGCAGAUCCUUCUUUGAGUUCAAAGCAAAGAGGUCUUGUUACAGAUGCUGCACGUGCACUUGACAAUGCAAAAAUGAUGCGGUUUGAUGAGAAGAGUGGAAAUUUUUACUGUACAGAGCUUGGUCGCAUUGCAAGCCACUUUUAUAUUCAGUAUUCCAGCGUUGAAACUUACAAUGAAAUGUUGAAACGCCACAUGAAUGACAGUGAGGUAAUUAACAUGAUCGCCCAUUCUUCUGAAUUUGGAAAUAUUGUUGUUCGAGAAGAGGAGCAGAAUGAGCUCGAAAUAAUGGCACGCACAUGUUGCCCAUUAGAAGUUAAGGGUGGUCCUUCAAAUAAGCAUGGAAAAAUUUCAAUUCUAAUUCAGUUGUACAUAUCUCGGGGGUCAAUAGAUUCCUUCUCAUUAGUUUCUGAUGCUGCAUACAUAAGUGCAAGUUUGGCUCGUAUCAUGCGGGCUUUAUUUGAAAUUUGUUUGCACAGAGGGUGGUGUGAGAUGUCCUCCUUUCUGUUGGACUAUUGCAAGGCUGUGGAUCGCCAAAUUUGGCCACAUCAACAUCCCCUUAGACAAUUUGACAAAGAUAUAUCAGCCGAGAUCCUUCGAAAGCUCGAAGACAGAGGGGCAGACUUAGAUCGGCUUCAGGAGAUGCAGGAAAAAGAUAUAGGAGCACUGAUUCGUUAUGCACCUGGUGGAAAGUUGGUUAAGCAACAUUUAGGGUAUUUCCCAAGGAUCCAGUUAUCUGCAACCAUAAGUCCAAUUACGAGAACUGUUCUGAAGGUGGAUUUGCUCAUAACACCAGAUUUUACAUGGAAGGAUCGUUUUCACGGUGGUGCAGAACGGUGGUGGAUUCUGGUUGAGGAUUCUGAGAAUGACCACAUCUACCACUCAGAACUUUUCACGCUAACAAAACGGAUGGCAAGAGGGGAACCUCAAAAGUUGUCAUUUACUGUGCCGAUAUUUGAACCACAUCCACCUCAAUACUAUAUUCGCGCUGUUUCUGAUUCUUGGUUACAUGCGGAGGCUUUUUUCACAAUAUCUUUCCAAAAUUUGACACUGCCGGAGGCUCAUAAUUCACACACUGAACUUUUAGACUUAAAACCUCUCCCUGUGAGUUCACUUGGCAAUAGAACUUAUGAAUCCUUGUACAACUUUUCACAUUUCAAUCCUAUUCAGACGCAGGCUUUUCAUGUCCUGUAUCAUACGGACAGCAAUGUACUAUUGGGUGCUCCCACUGGAAGUGGGAAAACUAUAUCUGCUGAACUUGCUAUGCUUCAUCUCUUCAGUACUCAGCCUGAUAUGAAGGUCAUUUACAUUGCACCUCUCAAGGCUAUUGUUCGAGAGAGAAUGAAUGAUUGGAGAAAGGGUCUUGUCUCUCGACUUGGAAAAAAGAUGGUUGAAAUGACUGGAGACUAUACUCCAGAUUUGAUGUCUCUCUUGUCAGCCGAUAUCAUAAUUUCUACUCCAGAGAAGUGGGAUGGUAUAAGUCGUAAUUGGUACAGUCGAAGCUAUGUGACGAAGGUUGGGCUUAUGAUUUUGGAUGAAAUUCACUUACUUGGAGCUGAUCGUGGACCCAUUCUUGAGGUUAUUGUUUCCAGGAUGAGAUACAUAUCGUCACAAACAGAACGUGUUGUGCGUUUUGUAGGCCUUUCAACAGCUUUAGCAAAUGCAGGAGAUUUGGCUGAUUGGUUGGGUGUUGGGGAUGGUGGACUCUUCAAUUUCAAACCUAGUGUGAGGCCUGUGCCUCUUGAGGUUCAUAUCCAGGGAUACCCUGGAAAAUUUUACUGCCCAAGGAUGAAUAGCAUGAACAAACCAGCAUAUGCUGCCAUAUGCACGCAUUCACCUACAAAACCAGUUCUUAUAUUUGUUUCAUCUCGUCGUCAGACCAGGCUUACUGCCCUUGACCUUAUUCAGUUUGCAGCUUCAGAUGAGCAUCCCAGGCAAUUUUUGAGUAUGCCUGAAGAAGCUAUACAGAUGGUUCUUUCUCAGGUGACUGAUCUGAACCUGAGGCAUACAUUACAAUUUGGCAUUGGUUUACACCAUGCAGGACUCAAUGACAAAGAUAGAUCUCUUGUUGAGGAACUUUUUGGAAACAACAAGAUUCAGGUUUUGGUUUGUACUAGCACGCUAGCUUGGGGUGUAAACCUUCCCGCACAUUUGGUUAUUAUCAAGGGAACAGAAUACUAUGACGGAAAAGCAAAACGAUAUGUAGAUUUUCCUAUCACAGAUAUCAUGCAAAUGAUGGGGCGUGCUGGUCGACCGCAGUAUGAUCAACAUGGGAAAGCAGUUAUUCUUGUUCAUGAACCCAAGAAGAGCUUCUAUAAAAAGUUUCUAUAUGAACCAUUUCCAGUUGAGAGUAGCCUGAGGGAGCAGUUGCAUGAUCAUAUUAAUGCUGAGAUUGUUUCUGGCACAAUUUGCCAUAAGGAGGAUGCAGUGCAUUACCUAUCCUGGACUUACUUGUAUCGUAGACUGAUGGUCAAUCCAGCUUACUACAGCUUAGAGAAUACAGAACCUGAAGUUCUAAGUUCUUAUGUGUCAAGAUUAGUGCAGAACACAUUUGAGGAUCUGGAAGACAGUGGAUGCAUCAAGAUGAAUGAGGAUGAUGUGGAGCCUACAGUGUUGGGUUCAAUAUCAUCUCAGUAUUACCUUAGCUACAUGACUGUAUCAAUGUUUGGUUCAAACAUAGGCCCUGAUACAUCACUUGAAGUUUUCCUCCUUAUCCUGUCCAGUGCUUCAGAAUAUAAUGAGCUUCCAGUUAGGCAUAAUGAGGAAAAUUACAAUGCUGCAUUGUCUGAAAAAGUUCCAUAUAUGGUGGACAAAAACCGGCUUGAUGAUCCACACGUGAAAGCAAAUUUGCUUUUUCAGGCACACUUUUCCCAGUUAGAAUUACCGAUCAGUGACUAUGUGACUGACUUAAAGUCCGUGUUGGAUCAGAGUAUUCGUAUCAUCCAGGCCAUGAUAGAUAUAUGUGCUAACAGUGGAUGGCUUUUGAGUGCAAUUACUUGUAUGCAUCUUCUUCAAAUGGUCAUGCAGGGUUUGUGGUUUAAUAAGGAUUCUGCUCUAUGGAUGUUGCCUUGCAUGACUGUUGAUCUUGUCAAUUCAUUAAGCAAAAGAGGAAUCCGAAACGUGCAACAACUAUUGGAUAUUCCCAAGGCAACUUUGCUGUCCAUAAUUGAAAAUUUCCCUGCUUCAAGAUUAUAUCAGGAUUUACAGCAUUUUCCUCGUGUUCAAGUGAGAUUAAAGCUUCAAAGGAAGGACAGAAAGGACAGCAGUGAUGGGAAGUUGCUUACACUAAACAUUAGAUUGGAGAAGACAAAAUCACGGCAAAAAACAUCAAGAGCUUUUGCACCUCGAUUCCCUAAGGUAAAAGAUGAAGCAUGGUGGUUGGUUCUUGGCAACACCUUUACCUCUGAACUGUAUGCUCUGAAGAGAGUUUCAUUCUCUGAUCACUUAGUCACCAACAUGGAAUUACCAUCAACCUCAACCACUCUCAAGGGGACGAAGCUAAUCUUAGUUUCAGAUUGUUAUAUCGGGUUUGAGCAAGAGUACUCUAUUGAAGAGCUUGAUUUGCAGCAAACGGAGAAGUAAUGUGUAGGAAGUGAUCUUGGAUUUAUUAGUGCGGUUAGCACUCUGUUCAGAAGCGGGAGUGUGCAUCUAUUUCUCUUUUUGCAAAUUUAGUGUUCCUGAAUUAAUCAUGUUUGAUCAGUAUCCAUUAUGACUAGAUUCAAAACCUUGUGGUCAAUUAUUUAAGUUUCUGCAAAUUUCAUCAAUCCUCUUUCCUGAAUCAAUCACGUCCCAUUGGACCAUGCAAAUUCGAAGUUCUGAGAUCUGGAGUGAAGAUUGUCCUCAAGUGAACGAAGUUUCAGAUUUUACUUCCCAAAACAGUGAAUUGGUUUUGUCAGCUUCUUCCAAGUGAUGAUUAAUUGUUGUUGCAACUUAAAUUUUUUUUGUUUUUUUGCGCCUGCAUUUCAAUCUACAGGUCACUGAUGAAUAUCAAUGCAAGUCAUUUCAGCAAAAAUGAUGAGAAAAACGUUUAAUCCCCUUCCA